ACCAACCAGGCCUUUUUGUAAACUAAAACAUAAUUAAUAAUUUUAAAUGUUAGAAAAUGCUAGUUACCAUUUUUUUUAAUAAAAGUGUUGUACCAAUUAGAUAGUGUUGUGCUCGGGCCGGGUGUGUCCGGUUAUUUUAUGACAAUAAAUUAAUAUUACGGAACAAAUAUGUCUACGAGCCCUUUCCCAUACACUUGUGAGCUUUGCGGCGCCGAGGGCCUCACAGACGAAGGCAUGCGGUCUCAUACCCUCGAAGCCCAUGUGGCCGGAAGACCAGAAUGUCCAUUUUGUGACAGCGUAGUGCCUCAACCUCAGCUGGUGGGUCAUGUCCAGAGGGCACAUCUGCAUUAUCUGACACCAGAAAGAGAAUUGAUGGCCUUUAUUGAUGAUCAGAGUCCAAGUUUCGACGAAGAUUCUAAAAUGACAACAGAUAGCUGCAGCUACAAUACACCCGGUUCAAUAAACGGCUGGCACAGUCCGGACAAUUCCUCGUCGUCGUACCAUAACGGAGCCAUCUCCAAAAACAUAAGCUACUUCAAUGGAUAUACGGAAAAGGACAUAAUACACGAAAAAGAAUUCAGAAAUGACGAAGGCAGCAGUAAGAAUAUCUACGACUUAACCAAUGGAUUAACGAAUGGUGUGAAAAACAUUAACAUUUGCAAUGGCAUUACAAGUAAAACUGUUCAAGGUCAACAGAAUUGUAACGAAAACGAUAUGAAUUCGCAUAAAAAAGAUGUCCAUUCUAGUCCAAGCAAGAACUCUGGUAGCUAUGAAGGAUCUCCUAAUAAAAAUAAGCUAAAUUUGACGAGCGCUGGUCAGGGUUCGCCGCUGAGGUCGCAACUAGCAUUAAAAUUAAAACCAAACACACCUAAGAAAAUUCCUCCCACGCCGAGUCCUACAGUGCAAUGUCUUCUAUGCGAUUUCAAAUCGACAUGCCCGCGAAAACUCGAAGAACAUAUAAAUCGAGCGCACUUCGAUUUGACAUCACCGUCUUUGAAUGCAAACGCGAAUGCUAACUCAGAAAAUCCGACCCUGGGUUUGUCCAACCCGACGAUAACCCUGGAGAACCCAACUCUGGCCCUGACAAUGGCUAUGUCACCUGGACCUCAUGCUUCAUCAUACCAAUGCCCGAUCUGCGAAAGUACAUUCGUGAACACGUCCGAUCUGGAGGUCCACGUGAAUGUGGAUCACAAGGAUAUAUUAAGUCCACAGAAAGAUGAUCAAAUAGACAAUGCAUCAUGUGACGAUAUAGUCAUGAUGGAAGAGAGUCCAGUUAGCAAUUGUCCUGUUUGCUGUCAACCAUUGCCACUGUCACAACAUGAAUUGAUACAACAUAUUGAGGAGCAUUUUGAGAGGGGUGAAGAUGGUGCAUCAGGAUUAACUACAGCAGAAAGAGAAGCGCAGAGGAACAGGGAACAACAAGAAUUUCAAAUGCUUAGGGCCCAGUACGGCAUGGAAGAGGAAGAGGAGUCGUAUGCGCAGCGUGAGGAGAGCGGGCUCCGCCGCGCGGUGUACAGCGGCGCGCUGUCCGUGCCCGACUACUACGAGCGGAGCCGGGGCCUACGCCGCCCCGCCAGGGACACCGGCGCCUCCAGGACACAUGGUCUCUUAGAACGGAUAGCUCAACUAAACGCUCACAACCCUAGUAUAGUGAAGACGUACCUGUGCAGCGCCGUGGACCACUACGCGAGCACGUACGGGGACCGCGGCUGGGGCUGCGGCUACAGGAACAUGCAAAUGCUGGUGUCGUCCCUGAUGAAGAACCCUCAGUACGCUCCGCUGCUGAAGUGCAAUAACGAGAGGGAGUGCGAGUGCGUGCCCUCCCUGCCGCGGCUGCAGCUGCUAGUGGAGAGGGCCUGGCAGCGGGGCUUCGACACCCAGGGCUCGGAGCAGCUGGGCUCGAGGCUGUACAACACGCGCAAGUGGAUCGGCGCCUGCGAAGUGGUCACGGUGCUGUCCUCGCUCAGGAUAAGAUGCCAGCUGAUCGAUUUCCACCGGCCAACGGGCGCAGACGGCGGGCACCCCGCGCUGUUUGACUGGGUGCUGCAGUACUUCCGGGACCAGCCCGCCGCCUUCAAGCCGCCGCUCUACCUGCAGCACCAAGGUCACUCCCGGACUAUAAUCGGUUACGAGAAACACAAGGACGGUAAAGCGACGCUACUCGUGCUGGAUCCCUCUCACUCGCCCUCCCAGGUGCGGCAAGUGCUGUGCGGCAGCACGGCGUCGUGCAGCACGGCGCUGCGGCUGCUGCGGCGGGGCUCCCCGGCGCUGCGGGCGCGCCAGUACCAGCUGCUGUGCGUCACUGGGCUCAUGGCCAGCGACGAGGAGUACGAGGCCAGCAAGGUGCUGCAGUCGGUGCGCAUCCCGUAAUGCGGCUCGGGGACCGCAAGUUGCCUUGGUACAGUCGCACAGCGCCGUGACGUCAUACCCCACUCCCACCUCAUACCGUUUGGUCAAUUAAUUACUUUAACGUCAAUUCCAAUUAGUUAUAAUGUUUCUUUUACGGUCACGCUUCGAAUUAAGUGGACAGGCUGACAGCUCGCCUGAUGUCUAAUGUCCGUCUGCACCUGUCCUUGGGCUCCGACAACCACCUGCCAUCAUAGAGCACGUCAGCCUACUCGCAAAUAUUUGCAAUGAACAUAAUAUGUAUGGUUUUGAAAUUUCAAAAAAGAAAUCAAACCCAAUAUCUAAAAGAUAUUUAAUUCGUGCACUUAAUAAUAUGUUCUUCGAUCUUCGUCAACCGACUUCGACAAGGAGGUUCUCUGGUGCGUCGAUAAUUUUUAGUGUAACUAUUUUUCUUUAACCGAGUUUCAAUUCAUAAUUAGGUUACAAAAGAAUUCACUUUCAAAAAACAAUUUAUGGAUGGAGCCUAUGAAAAAAAAAUCCAAAAAAAACACAAUAUACUCGUUUAAUAUCAAGAAAUAUUUGUAAUUUAAUUUAGUUCGUAAACGUAAGGUCGUCGACCCCACGCGUCAUAUCAGUUGUUUGUGUUACAUUGCGCGCUGUGCUAAAAAAAAUGAAUUCCAUGAACUUGGCAGCCCAGGGUUUGAUAACUUAUUGAAGCAACGAUUUAAUCCGCCAAUCCAAAAUAGCAUUAACAAUAACGCAUUCAUCUUUUGUCACUAAAGAACUAUCAAGUUAUUUGAUUAAGUCUAUUUAUUUAAACAAUGCGUAUUUUAUUUUUAAUUAACAAAAAAAAAACAUUAACUAUGAAACAAACAAAAAAGUUAAUAAAUAGUAAUAAGAAAAUGUAAGCUUUCAUGACAUUGCCUUUCAAUUGUAUAAAAUAAGCAAAGGAACUAAUUAUACAGGUGAAAUUAUGUAUGUAAAUUAAUAAGAUUGAAAAAAGUCAAAUAACUUUUAAUAUAUGGAAAGAGCUAAUGCUCACGGAUCAUCUGUUGUUAAGUGGUUACCGCAGUCUAUAUAUGUUGCAAAAUUACCUUGACAUAAGCGCUAAUAUUAGUUGAGAUCACAUUCUAUUUGAGGUAUGAAUUCCAUAUGAUGUGUGUUAUGAGCUCAUAUGAAUUAGUACCAGUUUUCUAUUUGGCUGGACUUUGAAAUCAUGCCUCCCUUGACCUUUGCUAAUCUCUUAAUAUCAAGCUAAGCUUGUGUAUGGACCUAUUCCAAUUCAAAAUCGACGACAAAACUUCUAGAACUGGGCACAGAUUAUAUCACUCCGGUGUGACCAUCAUUAACAACUAAACACGAAUGUGUUGCCAGCGUCGAAUUGCAACAUUCAAAAUGUCUAACUCUCAAAAUUUAUCACUUCGAUAGAAACCGCUAAUAUGCAAAAUAAUCCGCCCGUUUCAAAAAUAUAUAAUAUAUAUAUUCACUGUGCUUUAUUUAAAAAUAAAAUCAAUAAUAUUUUAAGUAAUAAAUUAUUAUAAUGGGAUUUUAUCAAAAACAAAUAAAUAUGUACAUAGUUAAAUAGCAUCUAAUGUAUAUACAGCAGCAAUAUAUGUAAAACUGUGGUUUCUGAACUUCCUUAUAAUAAAAUUUUAUUGCCGGAUUAGCGCCCACUAUAGAUAGAUCUUCUGGAUGGCUUUAACAAUCUACAAACACAUAAAAAAAAAUAUCUACACAUAUAUAUAAACAGGCAAACAAUGGCAUUUUCUAUUUGACGACCUAUUCUCUUUCUUAUUUAGUGGCUACAGUAGAGCUGUAGGGUUGUCAAUUAUUAUUAUUUUUCUUUUCAACAUGUCAUGAUCAAAAAGGAAUGAGUCAAUGUAUUGCAUGAUUGUUAUGUGACAUAUAAUUUUUUGGGUAUAACUUGACUUAAUUUCUUUCUUGAUCAAGAAAUAGUAUUCGUAACGUUGGAAUAUAAUGAGAGAGAAAAUAAUAAACGCGAAAUACGAACCAUAAAUGAGUCGUCUAUUAUCAAAGGUGGCAAUCUGUGCAUUUGGACAAAAAAAUGUUAUUGAUAUGUCAAUACAGAUUGAUUUGAAUAUAAUCGUCUCCUUCAAAGAAUACGGUUCAAAACCUGCAUUAAAUAAAGGUUAAUACUUAACCUGUUAUUUAUCUAAGAUGUCGUUCAGAAGAGUUUUGUGACUGCCAAUGGAAUACAAAGUCAAUAAUUCGUUUUUCUGAUUUACCAAUAAUUGUCCAAAAGUCACAUUGCCGGCUUUGAUAAUAGUCGACUCAAAUAUAACAUUGAAUAUUAAAAUGAUUAAUAAUUAAAACACACACAAUUCACAAAAAAAAUAUUUCCAAAAACAAUAUCUAGACUGAACUAUAACAUAAAAAAAUAAAAAUCUUGACAGAAUAAUUGUGUUCGGUUUAUUGUUAAACAAACAAACAGACGGUAAAGCCUUUACGGUAUUUUCUAUUUUAUUCUAAUUACUAUUUAAUUUUAAUUUAUUUAAAAAAAUAUACAAUUGAACAUGUUUCAUAUUUACAUUAUAAAUGUGAAUCUGCUAUAAGUAUUUUGCCUAUUACAUAAUAUAUUUUACAAAUUUUAAUUGAAUUUCAUGACGUAACUGUUUAUUUGUUAUUUAUUUCAAAUAUAUUUAUUGGAGGACCUUGCCAAUUGUAAUAUGAGUUACCAACUAAUGAUUAUUAUUUAUUAUCUAGUUUUAAAUGAAAAUGACAUAAUAGUAUAUCAUUUUUCAUACAUUAAAUUUUUCAAUUUGACAUUAUAUAUAUAUGUAUAUAUUUUUUAAUUUAAAUAAUUAGGACUUUCACUUUUUUUAAAUAGACACAUCUUUCUUAAAUCUUUAAAACGAUAAAAGCUUAUAAGCGAAGAAUGUGUUUUUAAUUUGUGAUAAUUUUAAAAAUAACCUUAUUAUUAAAUGUGUUUAACUUACUAGUAAUUAAAUUAAUUUUAGUGUCGUGUAAUGUUGUUUUGUGAGCAAUUAAAAAUAUUUGUGUAAUUAAUUAUUCUCUUCUCGCUCAUGUUUUGCGUGAUGCGUAAAAGUGAGAAAAAAAAUGUUAUGUAUUAUAUUUAUUAUAAUGUUGACUAUUGAAAAUACUUUUUAAAUUCGUGUGAAAUAAAUUUAAAAUUUAUUAAACUAACUUGUUAAUAUUUUAAAAACAUGUUUGAAUGAAUUGACGUAAUAAUAAUUUUGAAAUUGGGAUCAAAUUGGAUUGCUGUGAAGCCGCACCCCGCAAAUGGGAAUCUCCCGAAAAUGACUUAUUGAAUAGGAAAAGUUUUACAUAAUUACAAUUAUGCAUUGUCAUUUACAUAAACGUCUACAAAUUAUAACGUCAUUAAAAUUGACGGCUUGAGAAUCUUUCUCUUUAUUCGGAUUCUUUCUCUUUAUAUAAUAAUGUGAAAGAAGUUCUUCGGGUGGAAAAAUCUAAAAGGGGGAGUACUGACGUUUCUGAGCACUCGCCCAAAUUCUGAUAUAAAAAAACUAAUUACAUUUUAAACACGGGUGUAGCAAGCGAAAGUAUGUCGUCAGAAGACAGUGUUUUUUGCUUGCUUGCGAAUCAAUCAAAUAAUUUUGGUAUAAAUAAAACAGUUUUAUGAGGUUUUACAGUAUAUGUAAUAAAUUUUAUUCACAAGCUUUUCAGGGUCACUCCAGAGUUUGACGAAAUUCGAUUAUAUUAAUUUCAUGUUAUACUUUAAUGAAAAACUAACUUCACGUAGACUCCUUCUAGAUUUAUCUGAUAAAAUCGGUAUGACCACGGUACAAGAAUCAUGCUUCAGUAUAAAUAUUUCAAUAAAACACAGCGUGUAUAAAAAUAAAUUGAAAAUAUUAGCUAAAUUUACCAGAAAUUGAGGAAUUGAAUGUUUGUUAUAGAAUUGUUGAUAUUGAGAGUUGUUGUGGAGAAAAGGGUUUUAUAAAAUGCUUAAUCGAUUUGAAAAUGAAAUAGUCGAGUGCAUUAUGAUCUCGGCUGACUUAAUAAUAAUGUAUACCUAAUGUAAAUGAUGACUUAUCUGAAAUUCUUAAAUUCUUUCUAAUUUAUAUUUGAGUAAUUAAUUAAACUUCAAACAUCACCCCUAACGCCCUUAACUUACAUUGAUAUUUUGAAAAUAAAAUAUAUUUCCAAUAAAAAUAUUUGUAUCGACAAUUCCCUACCUGGUUAUAGUAACUAAAUAAAAAAAAAUCUUUCUCGAACGGCCGAGAAAAUUGCACCUUUUAUCUAUUCCAAUUACGAAGUCCUAUUUGACAGAUGAUAUUAGGUGUUAUGUUAUUGUGUGUGUGAAUUAAUUGUCUAAUGAUUUAGAUUGAUUGUGUAUUUUUUAAAUGAUGAUUUACGACUAUGAAUAAAAAAAUCAUUAUUAUUUCAAAUUAAGCGAAACGUAAAGAGUUACGUUCUAAGCUAUGUCAAAAGGGACUUCGUAAUUGGAAUAGAGUAUAAGUGUUUUGUCUUCGCCAUAAAUUGAACCCUCCUGAUUUCUGGUAAAAAUCUAGUCGUAGCUAGUUAAAUCGAUGCCGGUUAUUUGUGUUUCAAUAUAACAUGAAAAUAUUAAUAAUAAAAACACAAAAAUCUAGAUUUAUGUAUGUUUGAAAAAUAAUAAUACUAGUCUUUAAAAAACCCACUCACUCAUUCAUGUGAUAUUUAGAUAAAUACGCGAGAAUUUUCACUUUUGCAUAUAUAAUAUUUAUAGUUUGUGAAAUAUGUUUUAUCCAUUUCAGUCGCAAGCAAAUAUAGAGUGAAUCAAAUUCUAGUCUGAUCAUCCACUUAGAAAUUAACUCUACAUUUUGAAUAAAAUUAGUUUAAAUCUGACAUAAUUUGCGACAGUAGUUCCGUUGUUCAAACCAAGAUGGCGCUGAAUGUUCAUUUAUUAAGAAACGUUCGUUCGAAACGGACGUUUUCGAAGUUGUAGUGUAAAAUUCCCGAAAUGUAUAAAACAUAUUUAGCUUUCCACUGGUGUCGUUCAGUGAUAGACGAAAAACUGUGAUAGGACGAGCGCCUAGUUCGCGGGCACGUUAUAAACGAACGCUUUGGGAACGCACAUACGAUGCUACUACGUCGAGAGGCAAAAGGCUAUUCAACUUAGGCGACAUUUUUACAACUUUACGGAAGAGCCAUUUAAAGGUUACAAUUUGGAAAAAAUAUCAUAAAAAAAAAACUUCUUCACGCAUUUGAAUGGAGUAAACUUAACUGUAAUUCAAUUAAAAACAUCGAACUGUUAAGUCUAAUACCAAAUAAAAACACUUUAUUAUAACAAAAGAUAAAUAUCGCUUAAACCAAAUACCCUUUCAGCUCUCUCGAUAUUAUCAAAUCGUGCUAAUAAAAACGUUAGUUUCACUAUUUUGUUUGUUUUUUGUUUUAGCUUAAGCGUAAUUUUGUCUUAUUGAGUUUUUCAUUGUGCGUUCCCGAGGUGAUGUAAAGCGCACGUAACACUUUGUAAGUUCACUCUGCCUCACAGCACGGAGCGACCGCUUCAUAGAGACAGCUAGGCUGUGAUCGCAUGUAAUGAUUCCUCAAUAAACUAUUGUAAGUUACUGA